UAACAGCACUGUUCAUGAGUUUAGCUUAUCAGGAACCUGGUUCCUGUGUCCUCACUGAUAAAGAAAAUCAGAGGCUUUUUAAAGAAACAGUGGCUUUUGUGUCUAGCAGAGACCUAUUAAACAAAUUGGUGUUCAGAGUUCAACUCUGUUGGUAGAAAGUGGGGGAAGAAAGAGCUUAAGUAUGACUCGCUGAUGGUCAAGAAUUCUCGGGACAUGAUGCACCAAUAUUUUUCAACAAGUCAUGAAUUUUGACUACAAGUCAAAUUUCAGUGUGGGUGGAGUGAUGGAUUGCAGGAUGCCUUUGAGUGUCUCCCCUUCAAAAGGAGAGAGUGUGUGCACCUGAGGAGACUUCAGGGGCAGAAGCCACAAGAGUUGGAAACUAUUCUUAGCUCAGCCUUGGACUUGGAGUUCAUUCCCUUCCGUCCUUCAGUUUAGUAAGACCUUGAAACUCUAUCCUGCUGUAAAUCUCAAGGGAUACCAUCAACCUCCUAGGGGAGACCUUCACCAUCAUAUGUCACGGAUUCACCUUGAGUAAUCUCAACAAUCAGUUACCAGCACUUGCUCUGGAUUGAUAAGCUGAGAAUGAGACUUUGGGUUGUGGCACUUUUAACAAUUCUCGUACAUUCCACAGCAGCUAAGUUUAGCAAAUCAUCCUGGGGCCUGGAAAAUGAGGCUUUAAUUGUGAGAUGUCCUAGGCAAGGAAAGUCUCGAUACCCUGUGGAUUGGUAUUACUCAAAAACCAACAAAAGUAUAACCACCCAGAAAAGAAAUCGUGUAUUGGCCUCAGGGGAACGUCUUAAGCUUCUCCCGGCCAAAGUCAAUGAUUCUGGAAUUUAUACUUGCAUUAUCAGAAGUCCUACCUUCAAUAAGAUUGGAUACGUAAACGUCACCAUAUAUAAAAAAAACCCAGAAUGCAAUAUUCCAGAUCAUCUGAUAUAUUCAACAACAUCUGGAUCAGAAAAAAAUUCCAAAAUAUAUUGUCCUACAAUUGACCUCUACAACUGGACAACACCUGUUGAGUGGUUUAAGAAUUGUAAAGCUCUUCACGGGCCAAGGUAUCACAUACACAAGACCUUUGUGCUGAUUGACAAUGCAACUAGCAAGGACACAGGUGAUUAUACAUGCAAAUUUAUGCACAAUGAAAAUGGACUCAGUUACAGCGUGACGGCAACCAGAUCAUUCGUCAUGAAAGAGGAGGAAAGCUUUUCUUGGUUUCCAGUAAUUAUAGCCCCUCCGCAAAAUGAAACAAAAGAAGUGGAAAUUGGAAAACGAGCAAACAUACUUUGCUCUGCUUGUUUUGGGAAAGGCUCUCGGUUCAUGGCUGGCGUCCGGUGGAAGGUGAAUGGAACCACAGUUAAGAACUUUGGUGAAGCAAGAAUUCAAGAGGAACAGGAGCAAAAUCAAAGCAAUGAGCUGACUUGUCAGAACACCAUUUUAAGAAUAGAUGAUGUGAGAGAGGAGGAUUUGUUGCUGCAGUAUGAAUGUCUGGCUCAGAGUUUGCAUGGUUCGAUACGGCACACCGUAAGACUAAAGAGGAGAAGUCCAAAUGACCAGCAGAGCACCUACUACAUACUGGCGGGAUUUAGCACCUUGUUAAUGCUAAUCAAUGUCAUGGUGAUAAUGCUGAAAGUGUUCUGGAUUGAGGUUAUUCUGCUCUGGAGAGAAAUAGCUAGAUCUUACAAAACUAGGAAUGAUGGAAAGAUCUACGAUGCUUAUGUCAUCUAUCCACGGAACUAUAAAAAUAAUCCCGAGAGGGCCAAUGCCGUGGGGCACUUUGUUCACCAGAUUCUGCCUGAUGUUCUUGAAAAUAAAUGUGGUUAUAACUUAUGCAUUUAUGGGAGAGAUCUGCUACCUGGAGAAGAUGCAGCCGCUGCAGUGGAAAGCAACAUACGAAAGAGUCGGCGGCAGAUUUUUAUCCUGACUCCUGAGAUGGAGCAAAGCAGGGAGUUUGCCUACGAGCAGGAGAUUGCCUUGCACAGCGCCCUCAUCCAGAAUGACUCCAAGGUGAUUCUUAUAGAAUUGGAGGCUCUGAGCAAGCCCGGCGGACUGCAGUUUGGGGAGCUGCAAGAUUCCCUCAAGCAUCUCAUGGAAGUGCAAGGUACCAUCAAGUGGAGGGAAGACCACGUGGCCAACAAACGGUCCCCGAAUUCCAAAUUCUGGAAGCACGUGAGGUACCACAUGCCUGUGCCAUACAAACCGCCAGAGAAGAUACCCAGUUUGGCUUCCCUGAGUGCCCAGGGGCAGUAAGGUUUGCCUUGAUGUGCUGAUAAUGCACCUGAUUUCCAUUGACCUGAACUCUUCCUUGCUGGAUGACGCCACUGGACAGGACACCAGAGCAGAGCCAUGAGGAGUGGGGAUGUUAAGAGUGUGCAGGCCUCCAGUUUCAUCUAGCAACUUUACUUCCAUUUUCCUGAUUCUGGGGGGAUGCAAAAUGCCCAGAAACUUUUAUCCUCCAUCCCCCUCUCUUCACCCCACUUUUCCUUCCUUUUCCUCUUUUGCUGGUUUUUCUCCAUGUGGCCUAGGAUCUUUCAUUAUGCUUUUUUCCCCCUCUUUCUCUCUCUUUCCUGUUCUCCUGCUCUUGAUUCCUUGUCAAUAUUCUACAUGUGGAACUUUGGAACUUCAAACUGGAAGUGUUAGAGCUAAAUUUUCAUGUAACCUUGAAGAACACUCAGAUUCCCACAAGCAGAAUAUUAGCAGUGCAUCUCGUUCCCAACAGACCAGAAUUUAUUACAUUUUAUUUGACUGGAUGCUAGGUUUUAUCAUCCCAAUGUUGUCGAUGUUAUUGGAGGGACUUAUCCGGUUACCAUUAUGAUCAAGUUUUUGCGGUUCUAAAAUUUCUUACAGAGAUGUUCAUUCUCUUUAGAAAUAUGUUUUUUCUCACUCUAAAAGUUACGGAAGAACAGAAAAUAUGAAAGAAGAAAACAGUAAAAAUUAUCCAUAAAUCCAUCAUCCUAAGGUAAUGAGUUUUAAACGUUGUGGUAAAUUUGUAUUUGAAAAAAAAUUGAAUUCGUGCUGCAACAUACCGUUUAUGUAGCUGAGCUCCCACAGCAUGUAGUUUUACAUUUUUUUCUAUUUUAUAUCAUGGUAAAAACAUUUGAUGUGUCACUUAAAUUUUCACAUUUUAAAUAUUCAUAGAAUUCUAUUUCAUGGUUGUGCCACAGCUGAUGUGCCUCAUUAGUUAUCAUUGUAUAUCUGAGCUGUGUUGAAUUUAAACGGCCAUCAUUAUAAGUAAUUCUUCAGUGACCAUGUCAGUAUAUCUUAGAUUUCCCAAUUAUAAGUUGUUGUUGUUUUUUUAAUUUGAGGAACUGGUUUGUUGUGACAUUUCUAUGAAAUCAGUAGGGCAUUUUGGCAGAACCAUUUGGCAAAAGUGAAGGUAAGGUGCAUGGUCAAGGCCACUCCCAUUAAUUCCCUAAAGGAAUUCAAAUGUCCUCAGGGGCAACAGAGUCCCACUGUGGAUCCAGAACUCAGCAGUGUCUUCUCGGCCUGGGAGUCCUGUCAAGAGUUCAGAUUUUACAAGUGGAUGGAGAUCCUACCCUCAGCUGAGCUGCUUUAAAAAGUGUAUGAUUUGGGUUUGUUUUUUUUAUUUUAUUUAUUUAUUUGACAGA